GUUGUCAAAGAAAAAGUACGAGAAUUAUCGUUUCACCUACAUCUAGUGGAAGCUGUUUAAAUAUUUGUGUUCGCGGUCACCGCCCGCUGUUAUCACUACCCGUAUUGAAAAGAUCUUUUAGUACUUCAUAUGGUACAUUUUAUUUCAAUUAGCUAAAGAUAGUAUUUUUGACACUUAAUCGCCAUAAAAUUGUGUUUUCCGAAAAAAAAACUUGUUAAGGGCGAGUUGAAGUUACGACUGUUUGACUAUAUUUUUUUGUUUUUGUUGUAGCUGCAAUGGAAAUAAAUUUUAUGUGAAAAUUUCAAUUGUCCUUCUUAAAACGGUUCAUUACAGCCUCGUGACAGCCAGACGGACAGUUUAAGAAAAAUAUCUGUUUUAUUUAUAGUUUACGAAACCUUAAAAUAAUACAGCCAUUUUCAGGAAUAAACUGUUACAAAUUAACUUAACCUUUUCGAGUUAAUUAUUCUUCAUUGGAUCACUAAUCCAUUAAUUAUAUCGCUAUUUCAGUUUCUAGCCUAGAAAAAACAUCUUCCGUUCUCAAAUCUCUUCGUUUAUUUUCAUUCAUGAUUCGUUUACAUAGCACGUCUUAGUGAAAUGUUGUCUUGAUCGGAACAUUCAUGAAAAUUAAUUGAAUUCCUAUUAUGCCGAAUAUAGACCGAGAUCGACCAUUAGACGUUAGAUCCAUCCAUUGACUCUAUGCGGAGUCUAGUGGUACUUUAUCUAUGUACUCAAACUAGGCGAAGUGAGAUGUGAAGGUAUGUAGGUAAGUAAUAGUUUAAGCUAACAAACCUACUUGUUUGCUUGGCUUAUCUUAGGUUUUAAAGCAAAUAUGUACACGGUACCUAAACGGAGUUUUGAAGCGAAAACUUACACAUUUCGGUGAAAGAACUAAGACAAUUUGUACAAAGGAAAAUAGUUGUAAGUAAUCGCCUUGUUUUGGAAACAUGUAGUUGCACAAGGCGUAAUACUACAAAGUGUGUCAUGUAGUCUACAACAUGCUUUACUGAAUACGUCUGCCUGAAAGUGGACAAUGAUGCUGUAGUGUACGUUAUUUUAGUAUUAUUGACAAUCUAACUGAUGUCAAACAAAGUAAUGAACUGAACAUAUAGGUACACAAAGAUUGAACUUCAAGAAAAUGCGGUGAAUUUGUUUGCUCAUUGCAUUAUCAAUACCUGCACAAAUGUUGCUACUUUAAUAUGCAGUUGUCCGAAAAAAGAUCGCUUUUAGUGAUUAGACCGACCAACACCAUGUAACUUUAUAUAUUUGUUAAAUCCUCUUUUCACGUUGCUUGCAAUAAAGAAUACUCUAUUACAUUGUAUCAAUGAAAUACUGUCACACAUGUUGGUGAUAACCCUUAACCGACAAACUACAUUUCAUAUUUAUGACCUAAAUGACAAUUCUGGGCUACAACAAUACGUAAUCAGACUACCGAAAUAUGUACAGUCACGUCCAAUUGAACAGUGUUUUAAAGCGUAACAUUGAACUCUAACAAUAAUGUUAAGAUAUCUGUUAAACGGUGUAUGGUGUACGGUUGUACGGUUUAGUCGAGCGUUGUCGGUUGUCGGGCUGCGCGCGCGCACAUCCAGUGCUACUCCAGUCGCGAUCGCGCUGUCUCGAUCUCCGUUAUCUGUUGAAGUGUAUCUGUUGUUAUCAAGCAUCUAUGUUGUGCGUGUAUUAUAAACGGACGGACGUUUGAGAUGCCGAGUUCUCGUGGAGUUUUAGUGGCCAGGACUGAAGAAUAUGAAGUGGCUAUGUACUGUGAUCCUUUGUAGUACCGUAGUCUUGGAUUCAUUAGUUGGCGAACAGAUUGAAAACGAGGUGACGACACAGCAUGAACACGCACAGAUGAGUUAUACAGAAGAUAACGACGAUUUAGAAGUUACGACUGAACGUAACAAAGGUUCACAUUUGAAGUCAUCAUAUUCUGGUUGGGGUCGGUGGAGCGAGUGCCAGGAGGGGCGCAGGACCAGGCGGCGACACUGCUUACGUCGGCGAAUAUGUGGCGACGCGCUCCGCAUCGAAAUCGCAAGUUGCAAAGAAUCACAACACAAGCGUCGAAUGAAAACGGCGCCACAAGCAAAAAAUGAAACACAUUUUGUCAUAGCCCAGACGCGGCAGCUGAACUCUGAGGAAGUGCAGAAGAGGUUCCGCGGGUUCUCGCCAUGGAGUUCGUGGAGCUCGUGCUCACGACGCUGUACUACAGCAAGACGAAGGCACUGUUUAAGGCGGGCGAUAUGCGGCCGUCAAGUCGUGAAGCAGUCAGCCUACUGCUACAUGGAAGGCAGUUACUGCCACCUCUGGAUUCGCAGCAGAAUGCAGAGGAGAAAGGACCCAGGGUACAAAGCAGCAGAACCGAUGUCAACACCAGCGCCUGCGAUUCAUUCUGAGGACAUGAAAGUGACGCCGCCCUCCCCGCCGUGCGGACGGCUCGGGCGUUACCGCGGGAGUGCGGCCGCGCGGCUGCGACAGCGCAUGCGCGACAUGGUCCGCAUCAUAGGAGGCAGGCCGGCUCCUCCGGGGAAAUGGCCCUGGCAGGUAGCGGUGCUGAACCGAUAUAAGGAAGCAUUCUGCGGUGGCACCCUAGUCUCACUCCGCUGGGUAGUGACUGCGGCGCACUGCGUGAGGAAGCGCCUGUACGUGCGCUUGGGCGAGCACGACCUGCUGCUCAGGAACUAUGGCGAGCUGGAGAUGAAGGUCACCGAGGCUGUCAUCCACCCGCGCUAUGACCCUGACACCGUCGUCAACGACGUCGCCAUGCUACGGCUGCCAGCCCCGGCGCGUCCUGAUUUAGGGCAUGGCGUGGCGUGUCUGCCGGCGGCGUACCAGCUGCUGCCGCCGCACUCGUCCUGCGUCAUACUGGGAUGGGGAAAGAAAAGACCCACUGAUGUUCACGGCACGAGAGUACUGCAUGAGGCACAGGUGUCAACAAUCCAGCAAGGCGUAUGUCGUCGCUCGUACUGGCAGUACGCGAUAACAGAUGAUAUGGUGUGCGCGGGGCGCGGGCGCAGAGACUCCUGCGCAGGUGAUUCCGGCGGUCCACUACUGUGCAAAGAUCGCUAUGCCCGAUACUUCUUGCAGGGCAUCACAAGCUUCGGUGACGGCUGUGGCAAGCGCGGCAAGUACGGGAUAUACACGCGCACCGCGGGCUAUGUGUCGUGGAUGCGUGACGUCAUGAACAACAAGUAUUUUGAUUAAAACCACAAAAGGUUUAACACAUCGGCCAGAUGAAACAUCUGCGGGUGCGGAGCUGUGGUCUGACCCACUUGUAAUACCGAAUAUUGGUUACAAAUAUCUGAGAUGUUUAUUGUUUCAGUAUCAAUUUUUUGUACGAAGUACAUCGUAUAGCGUUGUUGACAAAUUUAUGGAUAGAAAAUGGUAAAAAGCUUUUCAAGACUUACAAAUAUACAUAUAGGAAAUAAGCAAGAUAUCACUAAACUCUACAAUGCACUGGACAGGCUGUUUCUACAAAGCUCUUUGAUACUAUUUGAAAAUCGCAAUACUGGUGCUAAGAGCAGUCACAGAGCAGUCACAGAGCAGUAGAGUUUGACAACAAACAGCCUGUUGCAGUUUAAUUACUUCACUGGGCGUCCACCGAGGCGCUCAAUUGUUACUAAGGACUGUUUUUCUGAGAAAUAUUCAGCCCAGUGUAUUAAAAUGGAUAUCAGUGGAAGAUAUUUCAAAUAGGAAUUGACUCAAGUAGUCUAAGCAUUUUUUUCAUUGCGAACCGGUCAAUGACCUAAAAUAUAUAAAUAAUUGCAUUGUACACUCGACAAAUGUAAAUGUUUUAUUCACAGAAUAAUUGAAUGAUAUUUUUAGUAUAUUCUCUGAAUUGAAGAGUAAUUUUAUUUUAAGUAACUAAUUUAUGAAGAGCACGAUGAAAGAUAUUGAUUAAAUCCUCUAAUCUUAUGAUAUAGUAAUAGUCAUUUUGCAAUACGUGACCAACUUUGGAACUUGGAAAAAUCACAAUAUUUAUACUAAUAUGACUUCAGAAAACAGUAUUUGAUUUAUGACAUCUUUAACAUUACCUUAGGUAGAGUCUCAAGGUAAAAAUCAUUAUUAUAAUAAACAAAUCACUUGCUGUUUUAUUUUUUGAAAAGUAAAUAUGAGGUUAAUACAAUUCUUAUAUUUUCCGAGAAUUUUCACGGCACAAAAAUUUCAAUUUUGUUUUAAAUUAGUGAUAAAUAAAGUCUCUCUAAGAUUUGAUAA